CCGCCGCGCCGGGCGCCGAGGGGGCGGCGGGGGCAGGAACUGCAUUUCCCAUGGCACCCCGCGGCGGGGGGGGGGGGGGGAGCCGGCAUGCGCGGCCGGGCGGGGCGGGGCGGCGGGCUGGUUGCUGUUGUUACAUAGGAAACAGCUGAAGAGUCUCCACAUGACAGAGGGGGAAGGAGGAAGUGGGGCGACCCGCGGGGCGCUGUCGCCGCCGCCGCUCCGGUAGCCGCGGGGCUCGGGCAGCGGCAGCCGGCGGGGGAGGGUCUUUCCCGCGGCGCGCGGGCCGGCCGCCCUUGCGCCCCGGUGCCGCCGCCGCCGCCGUAGAGGAGGCGGGAGCAGGGGAGCGCCCCGCCGGGCCGCGGCGUCUCGGCGGGGAAGUUCGGUGCGGGGCGGGAUCCCGCUGGCGUCCCCCCGGGCUUCCCGCCGGCAGCGGAGGUGGCGCCGGGCAUGAACGGCUUCGCCCCCGAAGAGGUGACCCAGCGCGGGGCGGACCCCGCCGCCGCCGCCGCCGCCGUGGUGGGCAUCGCGGGCUCCGCCGUGGAGGUGCCGCCGCCGCCUCCGCCGCCGCCGCCGGGGCUGGGUCCGGCCGCCGCGGGCUCGGCGGGCGCCGGGGGUGCGGGCGGCCCCGGGGCCGGGCAGCUGUGCUGCCUGCGGGAGGAGGGGGAGCGGUGCGGCCGCGCCGCCGGCAACGCCAGCUUCAGCAAGCGGAUCCAGAAGAGCAUCUCGCAGAAGAAGGUGAAGAUCGAGCUGGACAAGAGCGCGAGACAUCUGUAUAUUUGUGACUUCCACAAAAACUUAAUUCAGAGUGUGAGAAAUAGAAGAAAGAGGAAAGGCAGCGAUGAUGAUGGUGACUCACCAGUUCAAGACAUCGACACUCCAGAGGUUGAUUUAUAUCAGUUACAAGUAAACACACUUCGAAGGUACAAAAGACACUUCAAGCUACAGACCAGACCGGGACUUAACAAAGCACAGCUUGUUGAAAUAAUUGGCUGCCAUUUUAGGACAAUUCCAGUGAAUGAAAAGGACACCUUAACAUAUUUCAUCUACUCUGUGAAGAAUGACAAGAACAAACCAGAUCUAAAGAUGGAUAGUGGGGUUCAUUAGAUGGAAAAGGUUGGGACUGAGACUCAGGCCGCAAAUCAAAAGACUGAGGGUUUUUGUUGAUAUGCAAAAGCUUUCUUUGUAACUUUUUUUCCCCAGAGAGUUUGUCUCUGUUUUAUUUUUCAUAACCUCGCUGAUUUGUUUGAAAACCAUCUCUUAUGAAACAGAUUUCCUCAGCAAAAGUAUUUUAAAUAAAUAUCACUGAUAUUGUUGCUCAA